AUGGCUCCAAGAUUCCAGACUCUCCGACCGGCGCAAACGGCGUCUGCGCGAGAGGCCAUGCGUUCGUUUUUCUGCGAUCUCUGCCAAAAGGGCUACUCUCGUAUGAACGAAUACGAAGCACACCUGUCUUCUUAUGACCACUCGCACAAGCAGCGCCUCAAGGACAUGAAAGCCAUGGUUCGCGACCCAGCUGCAGCGGACCGAGCUCGCCGUCAGGAAGCCAAGGCCACAGAUGCCGUGAUCAGUAUCAAGCUGAGUGCCGAUGGCGGGACAGUUGGAGGCAGCCUAGACGGCAGCGGCAGCGGUGGUAGCAGCACUGCGCUCGGCAACAGCGGGGCAGGUUUCAAAAAGGGAGGUUUCCGAAAAGGAGGCUUUAAAUCAGCAUUUGCUACCACGGGUGACCCAGCACCUGCUGCCGCCCAAGUGUCUCCAACAGCACAGCCUUUACCGACAGCAACGCUUGCUCCAGCUCUUGCUACAGAGGGUCCUGGCAGUCUAUUGGAAAGCGAUACGGAAGAUGAAGGCUACGAGCCAUAUGACCCGUGGAAACCAACGGACUGA